AUGGCCGUCCAGUCUUCGCCUCUAGAUGUCACCGCCAAAGAUGCGAGCCCCCCCCAGCCGUUCGGUGCUCUAAGAUCAACGGUGGCCACUGCUGUAGCGGCUGUUGUAUCUGCUGCUGCGGCAUUCCGGGACGCGGCAGAAGCAGUUCCGAUAAACGUACAAGAAGCCGCUCAGCAAAGACACGCGGAGGAGGAACGGUUAGAAACGUCGUUUUUCGACGGCGUGCGAAGCAGAGCGUCACCCUCGCUAUUGUCACUCGCUGCCAUGUCAGCAGCGCCGCUGGCCAUCCCCAUCAAGAGCUCUCUGACCGCCUUCUUCUCCAACCUUCGUGCGAACCCCACCUUCAUGUCGGCUCUUAUUGCGUGGGCUCUCGCGCAAAUCCUCAAGGUGUUCACGAACCUCUACUUCAAAAAGACGUUCGACAUCCGAAUGGUUGUGUCGUCAGGCGGCAUGCCGUCGUCGCACACCGCCCUCUGCGUCGCCGUCACCACCUCCGUUGCCCUGCUGCAUGGCGUGGGGGGCCCGCUGUUCCCCGUCUGUCUCGCGUUCUCCUCCAUUAUCAUGUACGACGCCACCAACGUGCGCUACCACGCCGGCGUGCAAGCAGAGGUUCUGAAUGUGGUGGUGGAAGAGAUGCUGGAGGGCCAUCCAAUCAGCGAGAAGAAGCUAAAGGAGCUCCUGGGGCACACCCCCUUGCAGGUGGUUGGAGGCUUCAUCCUUGGUGUUGUUACAGCCUUUGUAUACCAUUACAAGACAGGACAAAUGUAUGGGUGGGCGUGA